AUGGCAUUAUUGGAUAAUAGGGUCGAUUUGGAAGAUCCAAUACAUUAUUUGACAUGGCUGAUUUAUCCAAGGGGUAAUGGCGCCGCGGUUGCUCUUAAAAACACCUUGAUGGAUGUCAUUGGUUACGUCAGAGGUAGAUUAAAAAAUUUACAUCUUGAGUGUUAG